AGGAACUACUAGAAACCUUGAAUUAUACAUCAUGCGUGGGGGGAGGCUGGAAGAGUUUUCUUUUGGAGCCAGAGCCCUCGCAGCUGAUCUGCAGGCCCUGCAGCCGGAAAGCCCAGAGAUGGAGGAGCUGCGGCACGAGGGGCGGCCCCGCAGGGUGAGGUUCAAGAUCUCCUCGGCCGGCAGCGGCCGGGUGCUGAAGCAGGUCUACGAGGACGGGCAGGAGCUGGAGCCGCCGGCCAAGGAGCGCUCGCGGCGCUUCCUGCGCCACAGCUUCGAGCCCGGGGAGCCGCUCUGCGGGCCCGGGGAGCCGCCCGGCAGCGCCGACAGCUUCUGCUGGCCCGCGGCGCUGAGCGCCCGGAGGAUCAGCGUGCUGCGGGAGGAUCAGCACCGGGGCGGGCCCGGGAGCGCAGCCCUGCUCCGCGACUGCCGGCCGGGCGCCGGCCCCUGCGGGGCUUCCCCAGUUGUAGAUUUUGGCAAGAUCAUCAUCUACACCAGCAACCUGAAAAUCAUCCGUGCACCGAUGGACCAGAAGGAGCUCAUGAGGAGAAUCAUCCAGACCGAGGGAAUAAAUGACUGGACGUUCAUUUACCGGGAGAAGAAAGAGCGACUUAGUGGUGGCCAUAAAAAAGAUGUGGAGAAUAUGGUCACUUGCAGCCAGCAUGUGCAGGAGGGCGAUGCUGAACACGGCUGUUCGCAGUGCAAAGGCUCAGGCUGUGCUCCCUGCUCCCUGUGCCAUGGAAGCAAGUUCUCGAUGCUGGCAAACCGAUUCCGGGAGUCCUACCGGGCGCUGCGGUGUCCGGCGUGCGACGAGAGCGGGCUGCAGCCGUGCCGGGUGUGCGCGGCCUGAGCCGCUGGCAGCGUUGACAGGCGGGGAAGGGCGCUCUGUGCGCGGGGAAGGGCGCUCUGUGCGCGG